CUUUAGCUCCAGCCAUAUCGAGUUGAUUCUGGUCACCACUUGUCGCCACUUGCGUUAACCGUUCCCUUUGCGUCGCUGGGUCGCUCGCCUCCGUGACUACUGCUUGUGGACUGUUACACUCAUGUCUUCAAAUGUCCAUAUGGCAAGUGCCAUUAACAGGGGCGUAUGUUUGUUGCAUUAAGCUCGCCGGUUAGAUAACUAGCUGCGGAAGUAUGGACCUACGCUCUGGUAUUCCCACUUCUAACGAGGACGCUGGAGACGCUGCAAACGGAGAAGCGGUGCUUAACGGCUCACGUGCCCGGGCGGGCACUAUUCUCUCCAACAUUAAAGCGGAGGACACGCCACCAGCCUGGAAGAACAUACCUGUCUGCACGGAGGGUUUGAUGUUCGGCAGGUCACUUCGUUCUGCUGGCAACAUGGAUUUGCUAAUGGACGUCAAUCGACCUCAGUCAGCGCACGCGCUAGGCCAGCUAGCCGGCGCCUUGGGGGAGAGCAAGGAACAUCCAGUCGCCGCGCCCCUUGCGAUGCUGGCGAAAAGCGAGUCUCAAACAAUAUCUCAGUCACAAAUCAUGGUAGACAGCAAGGAAGGUGGCACCAACCCGACCACCAUCCACCACUCCCCCUCCAUGGAUCUCUGCGCUGGCUCCACUGCUGCCGACACCACCUCAGGAACCGCUGCCGGCACCGCCUCAGGAACCGCAGCAGCAGGUGCCUUCAACCUCUCUAGCGGCCAGGGCAGCCCGCUUGGCCCUGCAACCUCCCUAACCUCCUCUUGGGUGGAUACGGAAACACUCUGGACCGCCGUACAACGUAACGGCCAGGAGUUGCAACGGCGACAGCGCAUUGCAGAGGAGCUGCGACCCUCUCGUGCAUCGUGCGUACGUGACGUGGGUGUUGUCGCGACACGUCGGGUCGACGCGGCGUGGAGGCGUUUCGGGCAGCGUGUGCGGACACAGCUGGUGGUUAUGGCACGUGUGGCGGUUAAGGAUCCGUACACGGUCGUCGUACCGUUAAUUUUGCUCAUGUGUUUGUUGGGAUUCGGGCUCUGGGGCGUCAUGAGCAUUUCGAGUGCGAUCAGCGCAGGACGCAGGCAGGAGGUGCUGAACUCGGCAGUCGACUUUUCCGCGAGUUUGACUAGCCAUAUCGCCGCUACGGUGGCCCCAGCAAGCACUGUUAAAACGCUAAUCGAGCUGGAUCCAGAUUGGAGGAGCAUCAACGACACGUUUUUUGAAGUGGCUCCGAAACUGUUCCGAAAGGGCAAACAGCAAACGGAGGCGAUCCUGACCAUUGUGCUAGCGCCUCAGGGCAUCGUGUCAGCUAUCGUGCCUUCGGACCUUCCCGCCUGGCAACAAGUGUACGGAUUAGAUCUGCUGAAGAACCUGUCGUGGCGUGCGGACGCGCUGAAGACGGUGGCUCUGCAUCAGGAGGGGAUGGUGAUGACCGGACCCACUAGGCUGCGAGCAGGCAUGAUGGGCAUCGUCACACGCUACGCUGUCUUCAUAGACGGAGCAGGGCCCAACGAGACGUUUGGAUUCCCCGGCAGCGCGUACGACUGCGCGCCCUGUUACGAGGAAGCAACAGCCACAACGCCUUCCAGCCGCUUCUGGGGCUUUGCACAGCUCAAUGUCGACUGGGAGAUCCUCAUUCGCAAUACCACGCGAAUGUACGAUCUCUGCGACUUCAACGGCCUCACUUUCAACAUGACGUACAUCGAUCCGGUAACGCACGUCAACCGCUCCAUCGCAUCUUGCGGAGAUCUGGAUCCAAAUCCAGUAAUCGUGGAAAUCAACACUAUGCAUAACCGUUGGGUCCUGGCCAUGAGCGAUGCGCGCGGCUGGACGCCCAACUGGUUACCCUGGGUGUUGGCGGUUGUGGUGGUUAUGUCGGUUUGGCUGGCGGCGGCAAUGGCGGUUAUCCUGAUCAACCGCCGCGAGCACAUGUGGCUGCUUCAGGCGAUGCUUCCCAAAAAGGUCAUUGCCACGCUACGCCGCGGGGAGGAGUACGCGGAGGCGUUCGAGUGCGUCACAGUGCUGUUCAGCGAUAUCGUGUCGUACACAACGAUCGCAUCCGGCAUGGAGCCUAUCAAGGUUGUACGGCUGCUCAACGAGAUGUACAGCGCCUUCGAUGCACUAGUGGACCAGUACGAAUGCUUCAAAGUGGAAACCAUCGGCGACGCCUUCAUGGCCGUGUGCGGAACCCAAGGGGAGGACGCCGUGUCAGCUGCCGUACGGAUCGCACGACUGGCUCAGGCCAUGGUGGAGCGAACCCGGGUGCUGGUGUCGGCGGACGGACAGAAGAUCCAGAUCAGGAUAGGCAUCCACUCGGGCCCAGUGGUGGGUGCGGUGGUGGGUUUCAAGAUGCCGCACUUUUGCCUGUGCGGCGACACCGUGAACACCGCCUCGCGAGUGGAGACCACCAGCCUGCCCAUGUGCAUUCAGGUCAGUGAGUCCACUGCUGCGCUGCUGGCGGCCAGCAGAGCGGGCUUCCAGCUGCGCCCGCGGGGACCUGUGGAGAUGAAGGGCAAGGGCGCACUGUACACGCACUGGCUGCUGCAGCAGCAGCAGCAACAGCAGCUGGCAUCUUCCAACGCAGGAGGAGGUGCAGUGACACUGAAGCUGGAUCGCGGUCCGGAACGACGCCUUGGAUCGCCUAUCCGACGCGUUACAGCCGGUACUGCUGGGGAGCCCGAGGAGCAUGCUGCUGCACCAACAGCAGCUGCCGCAACAGGAGCCACAACACCCGCAGCAGCACCAACAAAUGCUGCUGCUUCGGCGGCCAGUCUUCCGGCGCCAAGAAGCAGUGUUGGCUGCUGUGACCUCGAUGUUGCAGGCGGCGGGGGUGGCGCAGCAGCACGCGGUACCCUCACCACAGCAGCCUCCUCCUCUGGGGCAUCCGCAGCAGCAGCGGUGGCCGCGUCAGCAGCAGCAGGAGCGACGGGGGCGGCGGUUGAGAUGGGGAGGCUCUCCGGCGUGUCAUCCACCACCAGCUGGCCUACCAGCAGAGCGGCUGCCAGUGCUGCUGCUGCUGCGGUAGGGGGAGGCGGAGGGGAACUUCCAGACAGCCUGACGACUGCUGGCGGCAGCGGCAGUGCUCCUUGGUGCAGUGGCAGCGUUGCUACUGCCUCCCACAGCGGCGGAGGUCGCAGUCGUGUAGCUUCCGGAGCUGGGACAGGAGCAAGCAGUGGAGGAGUGGGAGCAGCAGCGGGAAGAGGACGAGGUGGAGGACGGGUUGUUUCAGCCGCUUGGAGGCUGCUGCGGAGGGGCGGCGAUGCGCCCGCUGUAGAAGAGAGGGCGUUGAGCUACGCGGCGAGCUCUGGCGGGGGUAGCUCCGGAAUUCCGCACCAUGGAGAGAACUGCAGUGCUGCUGCGGCUGCUUUUGCUGCAAGUGCUGCAUCUACGCCCAAUGAGGUUCCUGUUAACCCUUUUGCAACCCUGACCCCGGCCGCUAGUGAUGCUUGCGGAAGUGUGGCGUCUGCGGCCUUUGCUGGCAGUGCUGCUGCUUCCACAGCUUCGGCCACUGCUGCUGCUGCUGCUAGCGGCGUUUCCGCUGGUUAUGGUGCUGGGCUUCAUUACCCCGUUUCAGCGCCUGCAGUCCUGCCGCUCCUAAACACCCCCACCCACAUCUACAACACCAGCGGUUGCAGCGGCAAAAGCAGCAACAGGAAAGGCCGCGACGGAUCUGUAGACUUGCGGUUAUUCCAACUGCCGCCAACGAACUCUCGUAAGUAGGUUGGUCGUAUGUGUCUUUGUUCUCUUAGCGCUGGUAGGUAUGGUUUGGUUUGAUUUGUGGCGAUAGCAAUCCGCUUGGUUGUUAGAAACGUAGCAGGGAAGGGUUUUCGGGGGCUGAAAGCUGCGAGCAGCAAUGGUCUAUUGGGGGUUAUAGUUGGUAAGCAAAGAGCCGCGGUGACCGCAGCGCGGGAAUGAGGGAAGUGGGGGGUAUGAAAGAGCAGUACUUGGGUUGGGAGGGUGUUGUAGUGUGGAUUUCGGGAUUGGCUUGAAACGAGGCGGAAAAACUGGCUUUGUUUGGGGGCAAGACUUGCAUCUCUAUACCACGCAUGUAUGCAGCAGGUGCUUUUCAUGCGUUGCCAUGCUUUGCACCCUUGACCCCUCUUCUGGCGAGCUGCCAUCUUCAGCGUUGAGGGAGUGCGUUGUGGGGAAUGAGGGGAAUGUGCUCGCUACUAGGAGUACCUAGCUAGGAGCUUAGUUCUUGUCGUCCUCGGAAUGCACGCAUCCAUUUUCAUAUUGCUUUCGUAAAAGCGGUUUGGCCAUCCGCGUCUGCCUUUCACCAAUGCACAUCCGUGUGGACAAGAAUGCGCAUUACGUCCCUUUUGUGUACUGUGGAACCGCCAUGGGGGUUCAAUAAUGCCGCAAAUGUUACAACGCCACCAUACAAGCUUAUCCUACCUGCUGCACUGUCGGUCAAUCAUCUGGUGCUAGCGGCCUGCCUUUCGUGCCAGCAGUUCGGCUCCUACAAGGCAUUCUCUAGGAUGGGAGCUCUAUUGCUUUUCGUCGUCGAUUUGUUGUUGUAGUCUUUCGCUUUGCACCGGCUACUGAGUAAAUGGAAACUUUUGCGGCAGUUGGGAGCGUCCCCUGCCCAUUGCAUUUCAUGCUCUUGGGGUUAUUACUUGAAAGGUUGGAUGGCUGUCACACUGAUGGACUGAAGCCCGAAGGCAAUGAUAUGUAGGCUGUCCUACACUGAGGAAGGAAAGGAAAAAAUCCUUAAGCAAUGGUUUGCCAAAAUCAGCCACGGCUAAAAGUCAUAAGCUGGUUUACCCGUCUGCAGUCUGAGUUUGGAGUUUCUGUUUUUGAGUUUCGGAGUUUCGUAUUUUGCAAAUGCAUUGCGGUACUGCUCUUUGUCGUAGCGAGCUGCAUACGCAGCGGCAAGCAAGCUCUGAAGCACACCCUUUCAUUGGCCUGAGUGGUCAGGUAUGGUUGGUGGUUGGUGGUGAGUUAAGAUGCUUUAGCAUGGCUCGCUUCCGCCCUGCCGUUACGUGGUUGCCUGGUUGGUUUUAAGUUGUUUGUGACCAUCAGCGGGAAUCCUGCUCGGUUGCCUUAGCCACUGCCCAUUGAGACGCACCCGCCCCUUUUCUGUCGUGCUACAUACUGAGGGUAUUGUCGCCAUUCAGGCAAUGUCCAGGCGCUGCAGAAUGCGCCUUCUACCGGUACGUUGGUUGCUGGUUUGCUCAAUGUGCCUGGCUAGCUCGGGAUUUAUUGUCCACUUUACAGCCUGUGGUUUAUACACCGCGCGUGUUAAGAAGACUGACCACGAGUAGGAACGUGCAGCGUAUGUAUGAACAGUAUGAUGAGUUGUGCACGUGGAUUGUGUUUUGGUUGGGCUACAUUGCUUGCUGCAUCUGGUGGGUGAACGAUCUUGAUAUGCGCCGUACGGCAGGACACACGUCCAAUUACUGGAGUGCAAUCGUGGAGGUAUCGUGUGUCGUUGCAGGGUUCUGCUGUCUGGAGGGGCUGCACUGUGGUGCCGCUUGGUUGUGAAAUACCCGUGAAGGCUAAGGUUUGUGGAGCAAUCCGGGUCGAUGAGGGCAAAAUGGAGCAAAUUAUUUCGAGUGGAGUGGCGGAAAGUUGUACGGCAAAUGGCAAGGAGGGGACAGACAUACAUUGUAUGUUGCUGAACAUACAUUUGAGUGUCCUGUCUUGAACUAGUUUAGGGCAUUUGUCAAGAGGAAUGCCGCCCAUCAUGUAUGCCACCGUUGCUACGGUACGCAUGCAGGUUUUUUUGUCGUACAAUGAUACGGAGGCUGCUAUGCAUCAACAUGCGAAACGUGCAAACGUCAACAAGACUAAAUGCCUAACAUCCAUACCAUAGUGCACUCUCUCAACUUCCAACUCCUGCUGCUAUAUCCCCUUAAGAGGUGUACCGGAGGCAGGUCUUAUAUCAUAUGUUGACCAAUUAUUGACCACAACUAAUCUAUCAUUUACAAUGUUCCUG